CAAUGGAAACUACCCUAUAUCCACUGCAUGAAUAGUACAUGCUAAGCUAGCGGCUAUUAGAAAGUUUUUUUGUCAAUCUUUACUGUUUGUGUACCCCAUGGAACUAUUCUUGUUUAGUGUUAUAGAAAAUACUGAGGGAGGAAAUCAUCCGCUUGUGAUAGAGACACCCUGAUACGGGGAUAUUUCUGAAAUUGACAGGCAAGGUAUGAUCUGACCAUCAUGUCGUCAGAGUUCCAGUCAAAGUAUAUCCCGUCCAACCGACCUGAGGAGAAGUUCAUUGAGGACACCAGGCUACACCGGCUGAUCAGUGCGGCCACAGAGAACUCAAUCAGAGAGGCAUGGCGACUCAUUGGGAGAAUGAACGCGGAUGACUUCAAGGCAGCCACAGAAAAAGACCGAAACACCUACCUUCAUCAUCUUAUCUCUGUGGCCAGUAGACUGCACGCCAAGGCCGGGGAGGUCACUUCUGCCAUUCCGCUGAUGUACAAGUUGAUCCUGCGCGGGGUCGACGUGAACGCUAAGAACAAUGCAGGGAAUACUGCCAUGCAUCUUGCGUGCUUUAAACCAUUUGGUGACGUGUUUUGUCAACAUCUCAUUCGAGCAGGUGCUGAUCCUGGCAUUGCGAAUGAACAGAACUGUCGGGUCAUCCACUGUUUCAAAGAACAUUCAUGUCAGCUCGUCAAGGGACAGAAGAACGCCAAAUCGGGAAUAUGGAGUGCAGUUGAAUCCGAAAACAUCGAAUUAGCCAAGCAAUACCUGAACGCUUGGGUGCGGGUCAACACUUACAGACAACGACGUAAGCUGAUGAACGUUGCUGACGAAACUGGGAACAUUGAAAUGUUGAAGUUAUUAGAAAGGUUUGAAAAUACGAACGAGUUGGUAUGUGCUGCACUUGCCUGUGAUGGGCCAAAGGUGAAGGAAUUGCUUAGUAUAAAGACAGACAGAUGCAACCUGUCCACCUGUGACGAGUCAUUCCCCAUUCCCAAGCCGCUGGUCGCCGCGGUAAAGGAAAUGGGUCAACUAUCAGCGGAUGUGGUUAAGCUACUAUUAAAACACGGUGCAACUGAUGAUAAAGAUUACCAAGCGAAAAUCACGGAAUCGUACAGCGAAUUUCAAACGACGCCGUUUUACUUGAACCUUGAAGAGAACACGCCUCAAUCCACCCUGGCUGCUCUGGAACAGCUUAAGGCUGGUUCGGUCAACGUACACGCCCGCAGCAACCGACCCGAGUCGGAUGGGUACACGUAUCUUCAUUUGGUAGUAGAAAGAUACUACGCCACAGAGGAUGUGGUCGUCAAAAACCACCUGGUCCGAAUACUUUACCGACUGGCGCUAGAUGGCGUUGAUGUCAAUGCCCGUGAUGCGCAUGGCGAUACAAUCCUUAUCAAGGCCUUCAAUGAAGAGGACAGAAGGUUACUGGAACAUGUGAUUAGAUUGGGUGUUGAUGCUUCCAUUCCAUCUGGAAACGGCGAGGUCGUCUGCAUGGAGAAGUAUGACCACAAAGGCCGCUACGUACUCACCAAGAAACCCCGCCGAAUAGAUAUGCCCGGCCUUUGGGUGGCUGUGGAAGACAACGAUGUAGACAGGGUCAAACGAUGGUUGAAGGUCUGGUGCAGAGUCAAUAUCACGCGGUUUGACCGCAAGGUUUUGGAGGUUGCACGCGCCAAAGGUUACACAGAGGUCGCCUCUGCUCUGGAGGAGUACGCACACGUGAAUGAGUUCGUCUGUUCCACAUUUGCGUGCGAUACGAAGAGAAUGAAGCAUUACCUAGCACUUGGAAAGGGAAAAUGGAAAGUCAACAUCAAAGAUGAAUUCUACCAUGCGGGCUACAAGCAUGACCGAAGCUCAGAGUACGUGCCGCGACCUCUAAUCAUCUCCGCUAUCGAGAUCUGUACUGCUGAAGUUGUGAGGUUCCUGCUAGAGUACGGGGCCGACCUGACGGUGCAGUAUGAAGAAUGUGCUCCGUGUGGACCAGCUGCAUUCUGGGCUUUCCGGGACGUGAUUGACUGUGACGUCACCAAAGAGGUGGCAAAAGCAGCCGAUCUAGUCCUGCGGGACGAGCGAGGGGCAACCAUGCUGCACAAGGCCAUCCUAAAAAAGGAUGCAAAAAAGGCGGAAAUCGUGAAAGUUUUACUGGAACGAGGUAUCAAUGUUGCAUCACGUGACCUUAAUGGUCUAACCGGAAGGGACUAUUGCACCAUGGGAGUGAUUCCUGAUAUAGAAGCCAAUCAAAUUCGGCCUGUGAUUGAUGACUACGUUUUGUACUGUGUCUCGACAGGCGAAUUCGAGAUUGUUGAGAGACUUAUACUGGAUGGUUAUGAUCAUAUUCUAGACAUUAGUGGCACUGCGAAGAAGAAGACAGCGAGGGAACUGGCUUACUUGAAGGAACAAAAAGACAUCUUGGAAUUGCUCGCUGAAAUUCCUGAAUACGAGGUGCUGAUUGACUCGCUCCACACAGCCUGCAAAUCCGGCGAUCUCAAGACACUUACAAAGCUUUCUCAAGAGAAGAAAGGGGCCUAUGGUAAAGACAAGGGAGGGCGCAACAUGCUUCACAUGGCAGUUUUGUGGGGCCAAGCGGAGGUUGUAGCAUGCGUGGUAGAGCAGUAUCCUGAUCUUAUCAAGGACAAAGACAACCUGCUUCGAACACCCGUUCAUUACGCCUGCUGCCUUGGAGAUGGAAGGAAAAUACUGCAGAUCAUAAAUACGGCAGGCAUGACUAAUCUCGCUGUCCUUGACGCAAACAACAUUAGCGCCGUAGAGUACGUGAGGGAGAUGGAUAAGGAGACACCGACACUCAGUAAGACUCGAGGCAGGCGUGUCAACGACUACAAGGUGCGAGAAGCAAUGGUCAAAGAGCGAGAGAAAGUCUACGGUGAGCUUCCUCAGACGGAUGGGGAAGCAUGUCAGCAGCAGUCCGCAUGAGCAGGAACUGAUUCUGGAGGCAACAUUCAAGGCAGAUGAUCACGGUGGCACGGUUACCAACUCAAAAAUUAGGAGAUAAACCAAACAUUUCCCUAAUUAGUCAAAUCCACAUGCACCAGAUGCAUAAGUAGAGAACAUUUAUCGUGCAAACUGUACUCCCCUAUUGUAUUAUCACUGACGGAUUGUGGUACAAUAUAUGGUUCUACACGCGUAUGUAAAGGCCAUGUCUGUCAAUACCUCAGAGAUGAAAAGCGCACGAUAGAAUCAUUUGUGCCUUCAAACUUCUACACCGGAACAAGAUAAAUACCCUUCUUGGAGUUCAUGCUUAACUUUGUUAAUUUCGCUGACUUUUCACUUGUAUAAGACGUGAUGAUGAUGAACUGACUGUGAUAUUUCAAAGAUCUUAACAGAAAACUCAAAUAGUUUCUAUAACGUCAUCGAUAUGACCAGUCUGCCAUUUUCUGAAAUGGAGAUAUCAGCGCCAUCUGAGUUGUACUAGCCUUGUCUACUUACACAUUAAUUAUCAUGAUGAUAUUCAACGCCAUGUCAAUUCUAUAACUCAUUACCCUCUGUUCAUGCAUUUCGUGCCAUUAUACUAUUUCAUAUGCAUGGAGUCAUUCAAACUAUACGGAAUCUUUGAGUGGAGUUUUCUCAAAAUGAAAAAUUCGCUGAUUAGUCACUUCGAGAAAAUCAUGGACGACGUGCUUUGAUAUACUACAGAGUAUCAAUGGCUUAUUAUAAACCGCGAGAUGAGGAAUUGCGAAAUCGCGAGAUGAGUAAUUAUUAUUUUCUGCCACAAGAUUUUCUACUUCCCCGGACCAUGACAAUCACCAUUUCUAACGCUACUGUCCACUUCUCCAUUCAAUGAUAGUAGGGCCGAAGACAAUACAAAGGUUACAUGCAACUGCAUGUUCAUCUUGACCACAAAGGUUUUUGCAACUUAUCAAGAUAUACUGUGAGUAUAAUACCACGAGGUUCAUGAUGCUGCAUGUAUCAAGAUUAUUUUCACGUUACGCCUGGCGGCACAAGUCACCAUACACAAGAUUGACCGAUAGCAAGGGCUGACUUCGAUUGCUUACUCUAGGGUGGAGUGCGAGUGCCCGAGCGUGACGUCACCGAUGAGGUAAUGCGUGCUCUGCGCAUGUCGAGUGAGGGGAACAAUCGAACGGCCCGCGAGAAUGGAGUAGCGAAUAAUCAUGGCGGCGCCGAACUUAAAUCGUGAGUUUGUGAUAAGUUUUUUCCAAUUUGACGAGUUACUCCAGCCCCCAGACGGUCAAUUCCUUGGCUGAUCAUGUACAUUGACGGUGCAGGCCUACUUUGUACAAACUGUGUUGUUUAGGCCCUUUCAGUGUCUGAGAACGCAUUACAACCGAUGUCAGCUAGCAAUCCGAUAACUAUUGUUCUAGUUCUACUUCAUUUAGGGAUAUUUGGUAACGAACAGAAGAAAUACGGCCAAAAACAGGGGUUUUUUUCAUCAGAAAACGUGCUUACAAGUUGCUGGCAGCCAUGAUUAAUCACGUGUUCUGCGGGUAAUUCAAAACCCACUCCUGUGCGGUCCAGGGUAGUCCUCGAGGAACUAAGUAGGUCAAAUAUGACGUCACUCGGGUAGUCACCCGAGCAAAAUUCUAUGUUCGAUUGCUCCCCGAGUCGCUCGGGGAGAACUCGAGUAAGCAAUCGAAGUCGGCCAUAGGCAUGCACCUGGUGAACGUCUGGUCAUCCCUCAAAAUAGCGCGGGAUAGUCUGACAAUCGAAACUAGGCUAUAAAUUAGGUUAAAUUCCACACAUCGCACAGCGGAGUCUAUUUCAAUGGGCCAAUCAAAACAAGGAUAGCUCCCUACUACAGCCUCGGUCUCAUGAAUGUUCGCCUUUUCAGGUUCCAUAUUUGCUACACAUCCUGUGACGAAUGGUACGCUCACCGAGGUUGGCAUCUCGCGAUUUCGCAUUCCGCAUCUCGCGGUUUAUAAUAAGCCAGUAUCAAUCGUAGUCAACUGCGCUUAUCGUUUUUCUUCUCUCUAAAACAUUUUUCUUGACUCUAAAGUCAUUCAGAAGAGCAUAGCAGCCGGUGUGAUUUGUUAGGGAUUUCAUGAAUAAGCCAGGUGUUCUCUAGCAGGCUGCGAUAGUUUAACUGACCUUUGCACACAGGAUUUAUUUGAUAGACAGCCAUUCAUGUGAUCAUUGGAGUAGUCAUGAUGAUAUUCUUAUAAGAUUAUUAGAUGGGAUCUUGGCAAAGUAUAAAAAUCCUGCAUGAACUCGUAAAAAAUGUCCUUCGCGAAAUUGAAUAUUAACUGAAUAUCGUUUUUUUUUCAUGACCUCGGCAGCUCAGUUGCUUCCCCUGUCAAUUUCAAAGAAUGAUGUUUGGUCAAAAGGGUAGUCGUUUGCCCCUUCGUGCCAUGCACUCUGGCUACGGCUAUCUUAUAUGCCACACGGAAAGAUAUGUUUGGCGAUUACCACACGGUGGUCAAUCACAUUUACACUGGUUACGGGCACAAUAGUAUACUCGGCCGAAUAUUUUCUCAAACGUGCCUAUAGGUACUCGAAGGUGUAUUGUGUCUUCUUCAGGUUUUAACCCACAGCCUCAACUACCAUUAUUAUCAUUUAGCCCUCUAAUCAAUGUUUAUAAACGAUACAGUAUGAAACGAAGACGUUCUUCAAAACUCGUCCUUCUGUAAAAAUGUGACUGGCAACACUGUACAGUGUAUAUAUAAUAUUUUACCGAAAUAAAUGCCUAUUAA